AUGGCGGACACAAAGGUCGCUCAAACGGCGAGCGUGACCAUCAUGCUGAUGACUUUUAUCACGCUGACAGUCGUGAUGAGGACCUUUGUACGAAGUGUCCUACUACGGAGCUUGGGCUGGGAUGACACACUCGUGCUCAUCAGCUGGGUUCUCGCCAUGGCACUAUGCAGUGCAAUUCUUGCCAUGACCGGCGUGGGCUUGGGCUCCCACUUUCAAGACGUUUCGAAGUCAGACUUUGCCGAAUUCCUAAAGGUAGAAAACACCAAAAGAGACUUUCCUCGAUCCGCACUGACAAACCAUCUGCAGUUCCAAGUCGUCACACAACUCACAUACAUCUGGGCAUUUGUGACCGUAAAAAUGUCUUUCGCAGUUCUUUACCUUCGGCUGCUCCCUGAUCAGGUCUACCAGCGCAUAAACAAGUUUCUCAUCGUUUUGCUGCUCGCAGAGGGAAUUGAAGAGACUGCCGUCGUCAUCUUCAGAUGCACUCCCAUCGAAAGAGCUUGGACACCGUCCGUACCAGGAACAUGUCUGGAUUUGACCAUCUUCUACUACUCUGCUUUCGUCAUCAAACUAUUGACAGACUUGGUGUUGUUCAUUCAACCAAUCCCGACUGUCUGGAAACUGCAACUUCCGAUGGCAAAGCGAGUCGGGGUCAUCGUUAUGUUGUCCCUGGGUUUAUUGGUCUGUGUCAUUUCCGUCAUCAGAGUGAGCUACAUCAAUGCUUUUGACCGCGACGUCACUUUCUUGGUCGCCGACCCCUUACUCUGGUCAGAAGUCGAAGUCUGUGCCUUGAUCAUUUGCUCCGGCGUUCCAUCUUUGCGACCGUUGAUAGCCCGUUUCCCUGUCCUCAAUAAGGCCCUCGGCCUGUCGACGGGAAAAUACUCCAAAGUAUACUAUCCCAAUCAGCGAACGACGAUAGGCGGAUCGAAGCCAUACUUGGGCCAAAAUGCGUAUGCACGAGCAACGCAGGGGAAGGCCGGUGGAAAACUCUCCGUCAGCUCGAGUUCCUACGGGACUUCAACACGUGCGACUACUGAGAGUAUGGAGAAUAUCCUACCCCUGGACCUCGGCAAACCAUCAUUAGCACACAGCGUAGAGAUGGGCAUCAUCAAGGUGAAGAACGACAUUCCUUCAUCGCAACUACAGAUGACACCGUCACAAUACGUGAUGGAAGAUCCAUACUUCCCCGCGGGGCGGCCAAUGGCCAGGCGGAAAAGUCGAGGGAACAUCGGAAACAUCCGCGACGGCACAGGCUGGAUAUCUGAUGAUUGA